UUCCCUCCUAUCGUUCCUAGUUUGGGUUUUUUGGUCUUUAUAUGUUCACGGUGAACAAACCAAGAAAGAAGCCCUUUGCGCAGUGGAAGAGUUAAGCGUUACAACACACAGCACGAAAUAUGACGAAGACUUCUUCUGUUCAGGUUAUUUACGACUUUUGCAAGAAGACGUUCAUCCCUUCAGGAACUUCUCCUCCUUCCUCUCAAGCUAUCCAAAAGCUUUCCUCUGUUUUGGAUAAAACUAGUCCCUCUGAUGUUGGGCUCAAGGAGGAUAACUCAGAUGAUGAUCGGGGUCAUGGAUUUUUCGGGAACAACCUGUUCAACAGGAUAGCUCGAUGGGCUCAACCGAUAAUAUUCUUGAAAAUAAAUGAAAAUGAUUGUUUUGCAAUGGACAUAUUCUGUUUGCCAACUUUGUCUGGCAUUCCUCUCCAUGACCACCCAGGGAUGACCGUCUUGAGCAAAGUUCUCUAUGGUUCCAUGCACGUGAAGGCUUAUGACUGGGUUGAGCCAGCUUAUAUACAAAAUAUUAGGGGACCAGGGUACCCUCCAGUUAGAUUGGCAAAGUUGACAGUGGACAAAGUUCUAACAGCAUCAUGCGGAACCUCUGUAUUGUACCCAAAAAGUGGAGGUAACAUCCAUUGUUUCACUGCAGUAUCCACCUGUGCAGUGUUUGACAUUCUCACUCCUCCUUAUCGAGAAGCUGCUGGCAGGAUGUGUACUUACUACCGUGAUUACCCUUAUUCCAGCUUCCCAAUUGCAAAUGGAGCUGACAUAAUUGAUGGAAAGGAAGAAGACUAUGCAUGGCUUGAGGAGAUAGACACACCAGAUGAUCUCUAUAUGCGCGAGGGUGAAUAUAAGGGCCCAGCUAUUCAAGUUUAGUUCUUACCAUUUGCUGACAACGAUUGAAGUUGCUUCUGAUUUGGAAUUUUUCCUGAAAAUGGUGAAAAUUGGUGUUGUUUGUUAUGGUUUGUAGCCAUGAGAUUUGACUGCUGUCUAUAGUAUGUUGUUAAUAUAUGGUUAGGUCUCCCUUCCUUUUCUCCA